AUGCUUAAGACAUUGAUUCGAAGGUCGUGGACCUGUCGACAAUGUGUCCUACGGUUGCGCGCCGAAACCCGGCGCUCCUUUCAGGGAGCUCCGGCCGCAACGCCCCUGCACGAAUACAAUGUCGCCAGCAACAAUUCAAAUCAAAGACAUGAAGACGAGACACUACGGCGUGUUUUCGAUUCCAGAGCGUUUUGGCACGAAUUCUCCCAUCGAAAAGCUGGUACCUCCAAGCGCACCGGCCUCCUCCAAAACCAAUACCUCACGACUCCAGACGGGUUCCUCGUGUUUGCCCAAAUCUCGAUACAAAAAUGUCAGAAGAUAGUGGCAAAAGUUAUCGGCGCUAGCUCGCAGGAGGAAUACAGGGAAAUGGUCCGAGACCUCGACCGUAUGAGCGAUCUACUAUGCCGGGUGAUAGAUAUUGCAGAGUUUAUGAAAUUGAAUCACCCGAGCCAGCAGUUCCAGGACGCUGCAACGCAGGCGUUUGCACUCAUGUUCGAAUAUAUGAACGUGCUGAAUACAACGCCAGAGCUUGAUGCGCAGCUGAAACGGGCGUGCGCGGAUCCAAAUGUCACAUCCCGCUGGAGUCGGGAGGAAAAGGUGGCUGCGCAAGUUCUAUUGAGGGACUUCUCGCAGUCAGCUAUACAUUUGCCACCCAAGGAUAGGCAAAGGUUUGUCGCGUUAUCAAACGAGAUAAGCCAGCUGGGGCCCAUGUUUGUGAGGAAUAUGCAGCCCGAAACCAGCCAGUUGAAUCUUGACAAGAACAAGCUCCGUGGUAUGGAUCCUGCGCUCAUUCAGCGGCUUAAAAGGUGGAUGAAGGUUGCAGUUCCAAUGUUUGGCGAUAUACCAAAAAUGGCACUUUACUCCGUGCACGAUGAAGAAACCAGAAAGAAGAUCUAUCUGACUUCUCGAACAUCUUCAGAAGCUCAGCUCAACCGCCUAGAGACCCUCCUUCGGAAACGAGCAGAGCUGGCGAAGCUCGCUGGAUUUCCAAGUUAUGCACAUAUGACGCUAAAUGAUAAAAUGGCCAAAACUCCAGAGGCAGUGGCUAACUUUUUGGAAGCGCUCAAUGCCAGCAAUCGUGGACAGGUCCGAGACGAGUUGGCCACACUGCUUGCCUUGAAACGAGCCAAUGAUCCUUCUGCCACAUGUCUUGAGCCGUGGGACCAUGCCUACUAUGUUCAUCAAUAUUCUGCGCAGCAUAGUAGAGUUAGAAAAUCUCGGGAGUCGACUUUGCUCCCCGCUUUCUUCUCGAUUGGUACGGUGAUGCAAGGGUUGUCCCGGCUUUUUACCCGUCUCUAUGGCGUUCGCCUUGUGCCAACGGAAACUUUGCCUGGGGAAAUUUGGAACCCCGAUGUUCGGAGACUCGACGUUGUCGACGAGGCUGAUAGACGCCUUGCGGUAAUCUACUGUGAUUUCUUCACGCGACCUAAUAAAAGCCCCAAUCCUACUCAUUUCACCCUCCGUGGCUCCCGUGAAAUUUCAAAAGAUGAGGUUGCUGGAUGCGCUGAGUUAUCCUCUUCCCUCCACCCCAAUGAUGGUAUGGCUGCAGCUGUUAAACCUGGAUCCGAUAAGCUCUAUCAAUUGCCAACGGUUGCCUUGAUCUGUGACUUUGAUCAGUCAAAUUCCGGAUCAACUCCUUCGCUUCUAAACGAGCACAGUUUGGAAACCCUCUUCCACGAAAUGGGCCACGCCAUUCAUUCUGUCCUUGCUCGUACAAGUUUACAAACGAUAUCCGGAACCCGGUGCGCCACCGAUUUCGUGGAACUCCCUUCUGUGCUUAUGGAAAAUUUCGCAACCGCGCCUGAGGUUCUGGCUCUUUACGCACGUCACUGGGAAACCAAUGAGCCCCUGCCCGAGCAUAUGGUCCAGAGUAUGAAGUCGAACCGUCGGGAACCGGAACAGUGUCCAUGUUAUCUUUUUGACCGAGCUAUCGCGAAUAAGGUCUGGUCAGACGUUUUCCAAAAAGGGGAACUAUCCACAAAUAGAAACGCGGGUGAGCGGUUCAAGAAUGAGGUGCUGCAAUGGGGCGGGGGGCGAGAUGGAUGGAGCUGCAUUGCCGGGCUAUUGGAUGCAAACGGCAACGGAAAGCUCGCGGAAGGCGGGGAGGAGGCGAUGCGGGAAGUCGGCAAAUGGGGCUUGGGUUUAAUGGGGAGCUCCGAAAGGUGA